GGCCCCUAUCCCGACCCCAACACCAUCCCUUUCGUUCUAGCGGCGAGGUUUGAGGGUUUGAUCAUCGAUCGUCGAGGAGAUCAACGUCCCAGGUCAUCCAAUCUAGUCCUAGGCACAUUCUAGAGGUUUCCUGGGAUAAUCCGGCUAAGGAGGGAAAGAAAGAGAGAAAGUUAGCAGCCGAUCGAACUUCAUAGUUUCGCGUGAUGAAGAGGUUGACACCGAUUAGAAGGAGGGGAAGAGACGCGUCUAUUAGAGGCGGAAGGAAGGCCGAGAACUCGACAUCGGUGAUCGCAACUGGCGGGGGUAAAGUGAUGGAGAGGCCCCGACCCUAUCCUCCCAGACGACCCAGGGUGUUGGCAGUUCGUAGUUGGCCACUGAAUUGUGGCCCGAGGAGGGACCUUGAAGAGAAUGGCGACGGAGCUCAAAUUGUUAGGGUCGUUGAAGACGAAGACGAUGAACCGAUAGAG